CUGAUCCUGCUUGUAAGAUUGCUACUUCAAGUUUCGAACAUGCUCAAAUCACAUGUCCAAUGUGCUUGACAAGUCCACCGUCCUCGGCCACGGCAACACCGCCGAAGUGCUGCGCGACGGCACCACCGCUAAAUGUCACCACCAAGGACAACACCGUGCAGUCGUCCGAUCCAUCCACACAACCCGAUUCGACAAUAGGCCAGAAGCUGAAGGGCGAGUUCCACGGCGCGAUACACACAGCGACGGACUCAGUGCAGGCUACCGCAGGCGCCUUGGCGAGGACCGAGAAGCUGAAGAGGAGGCGGGCUUAUAGAAGAUACAGCAGGAGGACCAAAUGAUAGGCGCCAAACAUGGCGUCAUGCCUAUGGGCAGUGGACCGAGACAGAAGGCUUCCGGCGUCCCCUCAACGGUCGAGAGGGCCGGUUGUCGAGUCAUUACGCGCAAUCAGG